AGCAUCAUUCUGAGCUUCAUCUAUUCGACUGGAAUCACACAAAAUGCAUUCUCGCUUUCUCGGUUAGAAACCACAGUAUUGGAUCUGCUUUGAGGCUUUUCCCUGCACUGGAUCUCAGAUGCCAGUAACGGACUAUGGACAGAAAUGGGAUGAGGGCUGCAACAUGUUGAGGACAAACCGGACCUCACGGAUGGGUCACUGAUGAGAACUUAACGUCGACCCUGAUUUCAGCUGCACAUUUUGGACAGAAGCUCUACAUAUCAUGAAUAACUGACGGUCCCGUUAGGACUCUAAAUUUUGGACGGUCUCUGUGUUGUUAUGUGGUCUAAUUGUGCGGUUAUGUAACUCUAAGUGCUUUCCGUGGUAAGUAACCGAGUCUAUCGGUAUCGCUCAUGCUCCGGUGCAUGCCUGCACGAGAGAAGCGCGCGCGCUCGCUCCCUCGCGCCGGUGGUCUGCACCGUGAAUCUGCACCGAAUCUGCACGAUCGUCCCCACAUCGACCGGACGCGCGUCCCUCCGUCUCCCGUGAGAUGGCCGCGGCGAUCGCCAGCUCGCUCAUCCGACAGAAACGGCAGGCGCGCGAGUCAAACAGCGACCGUGCGGCGACCGGUAAGCGCCGCUCCAGCCCCGCCAAAGAGCCCUCCGGACGAGGCUCCCUGUGCGACCGGCACCUGUUCGGACUCUUCGGUAAAGUCCGAUUCUGCAGCGGGAAAAAACGACCCGUGCGCCGGAAACCAGAGCCUCAGUUGAAGGGGAUAGUGACCAGGCUCUUCAGCGAGCAGGGCUUCUACUUACAGAUGCAGCCGGACGGAACCGUCAGCGGGAGCAAAGAUGAAAACAGCGACUACACUCUGUUUAAUCUGAUCCCAGUGGGUUUGCGGGUCGUGGCGAUACAGGGUGUGAAGGCUGGACUCUACGUAGCCAUGAAUGGAGAAGGUUUCCUGUACUCUACGGACGUGUUCACAGCGGAGUGUAAGUUUAAAGAGAGUGUGUUUGAGAAUUAUUACGUGAUCUACUCGUCUACGCUGUACCGCCAGCAUGAGAGCGGACGCGCCUGGUUCCUCGGACUCAAUAAAGAAGGAACUAUCAUGAAGGGAAACCGGGUCAAGAAAACUAAACCGUGUUCACACUUUGUGCCCAGACCCAUUGAAGUGUGUAUGUAUAAGGAGCCGUCGCUGCAUGAAAUUGACGAGAAGCAGCGGUCCAGGAAAAACUCAGGAACUCCCACUAUGGGCACCAGGAAAGAGUUGAACCAGGACUCUACCGAUCAUGAAGGCUCAUAGCCACACACACACACACACACACACACACUGACCUGUAAAUGUACACACACACACUCACACACACGGUGACCCCUGGAGCUGAAUGCUUUCUUACACCCCAACAAACAACAGCAACUUCAGCAUCGACAAACAUCAAACGAAACAAAUAUUAAUGAAGUAACAUGAGAAAAAACUAAACAAAAAACAAAACAAAAACAAAGCUGAAUUCUUGCCUGUGAGAAUAUUUUAGGAGUAUCUGAUAAUCAGGACAUGAUUUUACAUUUUAUGCAAAGUCUGGCAAGAGUCUGUUCGCGUCACGUGCUCGUGGGAGACGCGGGAGGGUGUUUCUUUUGGGAGUCUGAGCUUUAAGCCAUGUUCGAUGAUCAUGUUGAUUUAUGAAUGCCAAAAGCACUUUCACUCACUGCUAUAUGUCGCUCACCUCAUCAAUAUGGAAUGUUCGCAUCGAUUGUGUACUCCAAUCAUUGCUCUGUUUUUUAUUCUGAGUGGGAGGGGCUUGUGAAUUCUGCUCUCUGAUUGGCUAAAGUGGGAAGGGUUCAGGAAUUGCUCUGCUGAUAGGCGCUGACAGUCAUGUGACUUUACAGAUCUGCUUCAUCUCAUUCCACUGUAUGAAAUGUGUUAAAGGGUCAUAUUCUACACUUCUGUAGCAUUGUACUUCAUAUCCCCACUUAUAAUCAUACUCACCGUUCAAAAAUGUCUAAUUUUUUGACCUUUCAAAUGAAACAGACUUGCUACUGUACCUUUAAGACUUCUAUAUGUAAAUGAACUGUUAUGAUUGGUAAACAUCAACAUACCGGUGUAGUUCAUAAUGUCGUUUAUUAGAGCGAGUCACUGGAUGCUGGAUAGAUAUAAAUGUGGGCGGUGAUAUGUUAAUGAGCCUAUGGUUAUGAUGUCAUAAUGAUUACGACUUCUGAACGACCCAGGAAAUGGCGUAGUGAAUGUUACGGAUAUCUACAGACCACAUCAAAAAAGCGAGAAAAAUUUUUUUCCGUGAUGUCAUGUGGUGUCUCAAAUGUACUUAAAAUCAAGCAGGGGGAGAGUGACGUAUGGAAGCUUGUUUCCGCCACUAAAUAAAAAAAUAAAAAGGUCAUUGCGACUUUUUAUCUCACAAUUCUUACUUUUUUCUCAGAAUUGCGAGAUUUAAAAGUUAUAAAGUCAGAAUUGCGAGUUAUAAAGUCAGAAGGGCAAGUUAUAAAGUAGGAAUUGUGAGUUAAAGUCAGAAUUGUGUGUUAUAAAGUCAGAAUUGCGAGAUAUAAAGUCGGAAUUGCGAGUUAUAAAGUCAAAAUUGCGAGAUAUAAAGUCAGAAUUGCGAGUUAUAAAGUUGGAAUUGCGAGAUAUAAAGUUGGAAUUGCGAGUUAUAAAGUCAGAAUUGCGAGAUAUAAAGUCGGAAUUGCGAGUUAUAAAGUCAGAAUUGCGAGAUAUAAAGUCGGAAUUGCAAGUUAUAAUUUCGGAAUUGCGAGAUAUAAAGUCAAAAUUGUGAGUUAUAAUUUCGGAAUUGCGAGAUAUAAAGUCAGAAUUUGACUUUCUCGCAAUUGCGUUUUUAUCACGCAAUUCUGACUUCAUAUCUCGCAAUUCUGAUUUUAUAAUGCGAGAUAUAAACACAAUUGCGAGUUAUAAAGUUAGAAUUGUAAAUAGUCGUAAUUCUGACUUUCUCCCAGUUGCGUUUUCAUCACGCAAUUCUGACUUUAUAUCUCGCAAUUCUGACUUUAUAACGCGCAAUUCUGAUUUUAUAACACAAUUCUGACUUUAUAUCUCGCAAUUCUGACUUUAUAACGUGCAAUUCUGACUUUAUAACGCGCAAUUCUGAUUUUAUAACACAAUUCUGACUUUAUAACUCGAGAUAUAAACACAAUUGCAAGUUAUAAAGUCAGAAUUGUAAAUAGUCUCAAUUCUGACUUUCUCGCAAUUGCGUUUUUAUCACGCAAUUCUGACUUUAUAACUCGAGAUAUAAACACAAUUGCGAGUUAUAAAGUCAGAAUUGCAUUGUAUAAACUCAAUUGAGUGUUUAAAGUCAGAAUUGUGAGAUAUAAACUCGCAAUUACCUUUCUUAUUUUUUAUUUCAUGGCGGAAACUAGCUUCCAUAGUGAUGUCAUGAUGGCGAUGAUGUCACAAAGAAUGUGAGGGAAUUUUACGUUCAGUAAACGGAAGCGUCUGCUCUCAUUUCACCAUGGGCCUCCUGUUUUAAACCCUUCUCUCCGAGAGAUCGGGGUAUUUUAAUCCUGCCAAAAGCACAGACUGCCCUCUGAGUAUCUGAACUGGACUAAACCACUUUAAACCGGCACACAGCGUGUGUGUUAGCAGAGGAUAUACUGCCCUAGCUUCCCCUCACUCAGUGUUUUUUUAAUCACUCCUCCUUAACUGUGUUCGGAAUGGAAGACUAGCACACUGCUUACUGCGCAGUAUAUACUGAAUACUGCCUCAUAUAUUUUAAAAAUAGUGUGUGAAACAGUGCACUUGCAAUGGUAAACGUUUCAAGCUGUAGUGUACUACAUUUUUGUCACUAUGUUGCAUGUGUAAUUCAGCAGGUGGCGAGUUACCAUCUCUGAAAUAAAUACGGUUUUGCAUGUUUAAUCCAAUUUUGUGUAAGAUGUCCAAUCAAAAAAUGAGUCAAGAAAAGUGUAGUUCACUGUAAAUGAAAGGUUGAAUGCAUUGCAUUGUGACUAAUUUGAAUUAACAACUAAAUUGAGUAGAGCUGAAAUUGAGUUUUGCAACAUUAAUACUGUUAUUUUCUUGUUUAUUACUGUGAAGCUGCUUGGAAACAAUCUGUGUUGUAUAUAAAUAAAUGUGCCGCUUAGCUUUAGGAGAAUGUCUCAUGCCAUGCGUACAGAACAUUUGCAUACUGUAUACAGUAUACAUACUAUAUACUGCAGAAAUAGUGAGAUUAGUGUGCUGGUAUGCCAUUCUGAACACAGCCACAAGGAAACUGUCGCUCAGCAUGUUUCUGAUUGGUCACUUGAGUCCAGGUUCCUUCCCCUUUAAAUGUGAUCUGCCUGUUGAUUGGUCAGAUCCAUCGAUGUAAGGCCAGCUGUCGUUGAACACUGGGUUUAUGAGACGUCUUCCAUUAGUGGAGCUGCACCAGCAUCUACAAGGGGGUCAAAGGUCAGGGUCCCGUUAGCGGUAUGAGAGACUAAAGAUGUCUGCCUGAUUAUUGCCAUGCUGAAAUGAUCUUCUGCUGACCUGAGAAGUUACUUUGUGUUUGCUGAUGUUUGCACCUUAAAUUCUGAACACGUUCAUGUUCAUUAUGUAAAGAGAUCUGAAUAAAGCAUUAAACCUGCCACAGGAGGAAAAUAUCAUUUAAAAAUAAAAAAAGAUUAAACUCUG